ACAGCCUCUUCACUAGAAGCAGAAGCACACUGCAGUUGGCCAGUGAGGAAAGAUUUUUUUUUCCUCUUUGCUAGAGAUCUGAGGGAUUCACAGAGAAGCAUACAAACAUUCAUUUUGGAUAUUUUAUUUUUUGACCUGCUGACUGCCUUUCAAAUUUGUCAUUGUGUGAAAAUACAGCUGUCACAAUGUCAAGAGUUACCAAUCUGUCGAAACUGCGACAAGAGAGGAUGAGGGAGAUCAACCUGCGGAAUAAAGAGAGAGAGCGCAUGAGGGAGCGAGAGAAGGCAGCAAGAGAAAGGGAGGCACGUUACAGCAAUGGCCACCUCUUCACCUCAUUGACAGUGUCGGGAACCACACUCUGUACAGCAUGUAACAAGAGUAUUACUGCCAAGGAGGCACUCAGUUGCCCUACAUGCAACGUCACCAUCCACAACCGCUGUCGAGACACUUUGCCAAACUGUGCCAAAAUGAAACAGAGGCAGCAGAAGACAGUCCUAUUGAGGAAUAACUCAGCCUUGCAGAAUGUCACACUGCGCACAAAAACUCCAGGAAUGCGUGAACGUCCAACUUCAGCCAUCUACCCCUCUGACAACUUCAGACAGUCCCUGCUGGGAUCCCGUCGUGGUCGCUCCAGCUUAUCCCUGUCAAAGAGUGUCUCCACUAAUAACAUUUCAGGGACACUGAAUGAUGACUCUCCCCUGGGGCUGCGCAGGAUCCUGUCUCAGUCCACAGACUCCCUCAGCUUCAGGACCAGAGCUAUGUCAGUGGAGUCUCUCAAUGAUGACGGAGACAUGUACUAUACUUCAGUGCUGGAGGAAAUGGAGCUUGAGGGCCAGGACUUUAAGGCUGACUCAUGGAGCAUGGCCGUGGACAGCAGUUAUCUGCAGACACACCGCAAAAACAUCAUCAAGAGGCAGGAUGUCAUCUAUGAGCUGAUUCAGACAGAGCUGCACCACAUGCGAACACUGCAUAUCAUGGAGAGGGUGUUUCGGCAGGGCAUGCUGGAGGAGCUUCAGCUGGAGCUCAGCACUGUGCAUGCCAUGUUCCCCUGCCUGGACCAGCUCAUCAGGAUACACUCUAAUUUUCUGGCACAGCUGCUCUUGCGGCGGAACAACAGCCUGCAGCCUGGAUCUGGCCGCAACUUCACCAUUCACCAGCUGGGGGACAUACUACUAGAGCAGUUCUCAGGCCAGUGUGCUGAUGAUAUGCGGAGGACCUAUGCUGAGUUCUGUAGCCGCCACUUAAAGGCUGUUAAAUUGUACAAGGAACUGCUGGCCAGAGACAAGAGGUUCCAGUGCUUUAUAAGGAGGAUGAGUCGGGGACCCUUGCUACGUUGCCAUGGUGUUCAGGAGUGCAUCUUGUUGGUGACUCAACGGAUCUCCAAGUAUCCUGUCCUUAUUCAGCGGAUUCUGGACAACACUACUGAGGAUGAGGAAGAGGCAGCCUGUCUGGCCCAGGCUCUCAGUAUGGUCAGAGAACUUCUUAGUUCAAUAGACCAGCAGAUGGAAGAAUUGGAGAAAACACAACGGCUGCAAGAGAUCCAGGCCAAGCUGGACCCACGUGCUGAAGCCAGAGUAAGGGAUGGUGGACUUUUCAAGCCUGGAGAGUUACUCCGCCGGAAACUUGUCCACGAAGGGACCCUUUUCUGGAAAACACCAGGAUCCCGGCUCAAAGAUAUACAGGUCUUAUUGAUGACAGACAUCCUGGUAUUUCUGCAGGAGAAAGACCAGAGGUACAUCUUUCCAAAUCUGGACAAACCUCCAGUGCUGUCCCUUCAGAACCUGAUAGUUAGGGAUAUAGCCAAUCAGGAGCGAGGCAUGUUUCUCAUCAGUGACUCCUCCCCUCCUGAGAUGUAUGAGUUUCAUGCUGCCACUAAGGAGGACAAGAAUGUCUGGAUACGCCACAUCCAGCGCACUGUCAGCAAGUGCCCAUCAAGAGAAGAGUUCCCUCUAAUAGAGACAGAACACAAGGCCCAUCUGAGGAGACUCAAAGCUGACCUCCAGCAGAAGGACCGGGAAAUGCUGGAGCUCCUGCAAGAGAGGGUGACACUAUUCUGUGAGUUGGCAGAGGUAACAAGUGGUCAGGAGGGCCUACAGCCUCCCAUUACCCGUUACUUGUUCAGGGCAGACACACCCCAAGCUCCCCGUGCAGAAAAAUUUCUACUGGAUGCCACAGCUGAAGUGGACAGGUUGAGUGAGCUAAUUCUGGGUUCCAGUGUGGACAUCCCUCUUCUUUGUCAUCAUAACCACAUCGAGGUGGCAGAAACCAGUAAUCAGGAUCUGUUGGUGAAUGGAGCCCAUGAUUUCUGUGCAGUAAAGGAUUGCAUGAGGAGCCAAGACAGGCCACCACCUGCAGAGAUCUGUCAGAGACUGGUGAAUCUCAGUGUUUAUCUCCAUGCACUCCAGGGUGCUGUCAUCAAACAAGACUCCAUCCUGGAAUUGCUCCUACAGCCACAGGACACCAUGGUGCCAACUACAGGAGGAGUAUGGCGCCCUCUCUGGCGAGACGGUGGAAAUCGGGAAGCCACUGUGGGGUCAACCAUUGGCGAGCUGGCUCUUUUGCAGAGACAACACAGCCUGCUGCAGGAAGAGUUGCUGAGGCUGCGGGAUGCCGAGAGCCGGUUCAAGGACAGUGAGAGGGCCCGGGCCAAACUGGAGAGGCAGGUCCGGCACAUGAAGGUGUGCAGCGAGGCUGCACCUGCUUCCCAGCAACUGGGGGAGCAGGACUCUCAACCUGCAUCUCUGCAACUGGGAAGGGAUAUCAUACCUGCACCUGCCACCCCAAGGGCCAGGCAGGAGCCUGUCCAACAAUCAGAUGGCCUUCAGGAUGGCAGUGAUUUGGAGGUAGACGUGACAUCAGAUGACGAUGACGGGACAGCAUCUGAAAGCUCCAAAGAUCUUCAAGAUAUUCCAGAGGAGAUCUGAUCCUCAGCAUAUUUCACAGUGUUACUGAGUUUAUACCUCUAAAUGAUUUUAACGUAACCUGACUAACUCCAAUACGUCUCAAUAUUUAUUUAGCUGCUUUGCUUUUGGGUAGAUGGCUUGUGACAGUGAGCUGUUUUAUUUUUCAGUUAUCCUUUUGGAUUGUGUGGAUUUUCAUGAUUUAAUUUGAUCACUUGACUAAAGCGGUGUGGAAAUGGAAAGACAUUGCUGAUAUGUAUGUAACUCUAAUAACUCUAUUAAAUCCUAAGAUUUCACAGAAUGAACAAUAGGAAUUAUGGUUAGGGCUCACAAGCAUUCCUAUCUUCUUGUUUUUUCUCUUUUUUUAACAUUGUGCAAAUGAAAUAUGUGUUUUAUAUAACUCAUAUCAAACAAGCACAGCUCGUAAGGCAUAAAACAGCACUGAGUACAUCCCUGCUCAAUCUCUAAAAUGUAAAAUGAUUCAUAUAUAUAUAUAUAUAUAUAUAUAUAUAUGUACAACUUCAACAAAAGUCUGUUUACUUGUGACCACUGCAAACAAAAGUGAAACUUAAUAAACUGAAUGAACAAGGUUAUAGAAGAACCUGUGAACAUCACACCGUCCAAAGUCCAUCAUCCAUGCUCAGGAGGAUCACAUCUGUCAUCAGAAAUAAAGGCACACAUAAAAAAUAUUGGGGAACAAAAGAGGGUGCACUGACUUUUGUUGCAGUUGGUUCUUAAAUAUGGAGCUUUUAAUUAUAGUUUGAUUAGUCAAACAUUUCUAGUUUUCAAAUUAAUUUGUGUCACUCCUUUGGCUACAAAUAACAAAAACUAAGCAAUUAACAUUGUAUUGAAUGGGCAGGGUUUGUCAUUACUUAAUACUUGAGCAAUACUGACCGGGGAUGUACUCUUGUCCUUCCCUGCAAACUAUGUUGUUAGUGUCUCGGAGCAUGAAACAUCUUGAUUUGACAGUUUGAAUCGUACUGCUAAAAAACGUGUUCUUUAAAACAAGCAGUAUCAGGGGAAAUAUGUUUCUAUUGAUUGCCAGACAGAUCACUGGGACAGUGAUCUAUACUGAUCAGCCAGUUACCAGUUUUACUGCUGUGGCUGAAUGAUGUAUAUACACUAUAUAUCUACAGUGCAUUCAGAAAGUAUUCACUCACUUUUUGCAUUUUGUAAUGCUAAAAUUUAAAAACAAAAUCCCUCAUCAAUCUUACCAUCAAUACCCCAUAGCAAAGUCCAAGCAGAAUUUUAGAAAUUUUUGCAAAUUUUUUAAAGAAGAAAAACUGAAAUAUCACACUGACAUUGGGACCAUCAGGAUCUUGGUCAUCUCUGUAAUUAAGGCUGUCACCCCUGAUUUCUCAGUCUGGCCAGGUGCCAGCUCCAGGAAGAGUCUUGGCUGUUCCACACUUGCAAGAAUUAUGGAGACCACUGUGUUCUUAGGAACCUUCAGUGCAGCAGAAUUUUUUGUUGUCUUCCCCAGAUCUGUCUCGACACAGUCCUGUCUCUGAGCUCCGCAGACGGUUCCUUUGAUCUCAUGGCUUGAUUUUUGCUCUGAUUUCCAUAGUCAGCUGUUGGACUAUAUAUAGCCUUUCCAAAUCAAAAUAAUAAUAAUAAUAAUAAUAAUAAUAAUAAUAAUAAUAAUGAUAUGAUUUUAGCAUGAGGCUGCAACAUUACAAAAUGAUGAAAAACUGAAGGGUUCUGAAUACUUUUUGAAUGCAAUUUACAUAUACCCAUCUACCACAACAGUCAAGCCACUGACCGAUGAAGUGAAUAACAUCAAUCAUCUCAUUGCAAUACAAUGUUCUGCUGGGAAAUCUUGGGUUCUUCAUUCACCUGGAUGUCACUUUGACACAGACCACCCACCUAAACAUGACCUGUCAGGGCAUGGACAUGAGACCUCUGGGGUGGACACAGACGGGUUUGGUCUGCAGUGAUGUUUCGGUGGGUGGUACAUGUCAAAGUAACAUCCAGGUCAAUCCCUGGACUCAAGGUUUCCCAGCAGAACAUUGUAUUGUAAUUAGAUGAUCAGUGUCAUUCACUUCACCUGUCAGUGGUUUUAAUGUGGUUGAUUGGUGCACAUGCGCACACACACACACACACACGCACACACUGGCUGAAUGUAUUUAUAGAGGUAUUUACACAGUAUAUAGAUAUAUGCUGUGUAUAUAUGUAUAGUUACCAGGUAACUGGUUUUUAAUGUUGUGGCUGAUUGGUGUCAACAAGCAAUCCAGAACAUCUGCACUGCAAUCAUUCCUGCUUUUACAAUGCUUAUCUGAUUCAGGUUGUGAUGAGACUGUGUUAGAGAGAUGCUGAUCUAUCUAUCUAAUAUAUAGCAGAUUUAAUGUCAAUAAAGCACUGGCAAGUAUUUACUCAA